AUGACUUCUUUACACGCACUCGUGUUGCUCCUGCUUGGGGUGGUGGUUCUCACCACUCCAAUGGUGGCUAGUUUCACGAUACCCAUUUAUGAGCCUCCCCCAAUUGAGAUACCGCCCAUAUUUGAACCUCCACCCACCUAUGAGCCUCCACCAACUGAAAAACCACCACCAUUAUAUAACCCCCCAUUCUACCCUCCACCAGAGUACCAGCCUCCAUAUGAGAAGCCACCACCAGUGUACGAACCACCUCAUGAGAAACCACCACCAGAGUAUCAACCUCCUUUUGAAAAACCACCUCCAGAGUACCAACCACCGCAUGAGAAGCCGCCUCCAGAGUACCAACCACCUCAUGAGAAGCCACCACCCGAGUACAAACCACCUCAUGAGAAACCUCCACCAGAGUACCAACCACCUCAUGAGAAACCACCACAUGAGAAGCCACCACCAGUGUACCAACCUCCUCAUGAGAAGCCACCACACGAGAAACCACCACAUGAGAAGCCACCACCUGAAUAUCAACCUCCUAUCGAGAAGCCACCACCAGUGUAUCAACCUCCUCAUGAGAAGCCACCACCAGUGUAUCAACCUCCUCAUGAGGAGCCACCACCAGUGUACCAACCUCCUUAUGAGAAGCCACCACCAGUGUACCAACCUCCUCAUGAGAAACCACCACCAGUGUACCAACCUCCUCAUGAGAAGCCACCACCAGUGUACCAACCUCCUCAUGAGAAACCACCACCAGUGUACCAACCUCCUCAUGAGAAGCCACCACCAGUUUACCAACCUCCUCAUGAGAAGCCACCACCAGUGUACCAACCUCCUCAUGAGAAGCCACCACCAGUGUACCCCCCCCAUGAGAAACCACCACCAUUGUACCAACCUCCUCAUGAGAAGCCACCACCAGUGUAUGAACCUCCUUAUGAGAAACCACCACCAGUGUACCAACCCCCGUAUGUGAAGCCACCACCAGUGUUUCAACCUCCAUAUGAGAAGCCUCCACCACUGUUUCCACCCCCUUAUGAGAAACCACCACCGGUGUACAAACCUCCUUAUGAGAAACCACCGGGUUGCAGUCCACCACCUUAUGGUCACUUUCCACCAUCCAACAGAAACUAA